UUUUUUCCAGCUUUUUCUUGAAACAUGAGCGAAGAACAUCAAGAAGCUCCUGCUAGUGAGGAGGGGCCAGUCCCAGUCCUGAGAUGGGACUUAGGUUUAUUCGAACAGAUCGUUCGAAGUUUUAGGUUUCCACCGGAGUGGGAUGCCCGGUACCCUGCUCAGGGUCAGACCGCGGCUGAUGCCCCACCCGGUUACAUUACUUUGUUCGAAGACUUCUUCCUUCAAGGAAACUUCCGGCUGCCGGCGACUAACUUCUUUGGUAGCAUAUUGUCCUACUACAAGUUUCAUAUCUCACAGUUAAGCCCACCUGGGAUGGUGAGGGUGAGGCACUUUGAGUUCUUGUGUCAAUCCCACGGCAUUGAGCCGACGGUGAAUAAGUUUCGUGUCUUCUAUCAACUGCAAAGAACAAUGGGGUUCUUUUCUUUUGCUAGCCGUGGUACGGCUAAGAAGAUUUUGUUGAAUCCUCCCAAGAGUUUCCAUGACUGGAAACCCAAGUUCUUCUUCAUCCGGGAGGAAGUCUUGCCAAUAGCUAUGCCGUUUAGGGAAUGGACCGAGGUUAUACCAAAGGAGGACCUUCCUAUACCGAAGUCUGCUCAGUGGUAUCAGCGGCUUACCGCAACCCCUAACCGGGUAUUUGGGGAGAAUGUUCUGGUUGCUGCCAAGAUGAGUGACCAGUGGUCACCUAGUAGCAGGGAACUCCCGGUCUUGAAGAUCGGGGAUCAAGAGACGCAACUCUAUCAGGCUGCCUUCCCAGCCUUUGGUGGCUCCAUGGGCGUUCGCCCUCUGCGCGAUGAUGAGGAAGGCUGGUAUGACCAGAUAAAGGGGAACUUCAUGCUUCCUGCUGCUGACGCCUUCGCCUCGCCGCCGGAUGCAACUGAAGGUGUGUUGCGCGAUCUGGGGGUUGACCCAGAGGAGAAGAAGAAGAAACCUUCGAAGAAGAAAAAGAAGGCGGAUGUUGAAGUGACCAGCAAGGGUCCUGGCGCCAGUCGCGCAACUACUGCUGCUGUCAAAGCUAUGGGAAAGACUGGCGCUGGUGGGUCAAAGGGCUCUGGGAGCGCGGGUUCUCGUAACCCGGAUGCUGACGCAACUCCAUCUCAACCUGAGGAUGAAGAAGAAGAGGAAGAAGAGACUGCCCCGUUGAUUGGAAGAAAGAGGGGUAGAAGCGAGGCGACAACUGGUAUGGCCUCUGCGCCUGUUUCAGUUGUUAUUCCCGUUGUUGGGAAGAAGAGCAAGUUGCGCUCGUUAUACCAGUUUUCUCCUGAGAUCAAGAAGAAGACCCCUGAAAAGGGGGUUAAGUUUGUUGAACCCAGCACGAAAAGACCUAAGGUUGCCACUGAACCUUCCGAUUCUGCUGCGCGUGAUGCUGCGAAAACUGCUGAAGCGCAGCAAAAGAGGAAGAGAAAAAGAGGAAGGAGGAGGAGGAGGAGAAAGCUGGAGGCGGAGAGGAAGAGAAAAGCGGAAGAGGAGAGAAAGCUGAGGGAGGAGGCGGAUAGGCAGAGGAAGGCGGAAGAGGCGAGGAAAGAAAGAGCUGCCGAUCAGUCUUCUGUUCAAGGGCAGUCUGGUGUCCCAAAACCUCCCCCCGCUGCGCCGAUUGUUACUUCUAAGGGGUUAGGGCGCUAUGUGUCUAGUGGUGCAAGCUCUGGAGGAGCUGGGGGCUAUAACCCCAAUGUGAUAGGUGCGAAGGAUACCGUCGGGGAUAUAUAUUAUAAAACUUAUACUGAAGAGGAACGUGGUGAUGCUCCUCAUCAAGCCCCUUGGAGCUUAAGGCAGAAGGAUACGUUUGUUGAAUUUGGUCCUUCUCGCGAUUGGUACUUGAACCAAUUCACUCCUGGCGAAGUUAACCGUCAAAAGGCGAAGCCGCAUGAAAUGUUGUACCGCACUUACAUUCUUGCCGAGGCCAACGCUCGAUCUGCUAACCAUCAGAUAGUUCGUGAAUGGCGAACAAUGGUCAGAGAGCGCGCCGACUGGGAGGCUUACCGAGAACGUGUGCUAAAACGUGUUGGUGAAUUUGAGAAGGCUAAGGCCACAUUUGAUGAGGAGAAAGCCAAGUUUGAGGCUGAUAGGAAAGCUGAAGAGUGGGGUCGCGAGGGCCUGCAAAAGAAACUUCAUAAUGUGGAAGAGCAACUGGCCAAGGAGAAGGCCGAGUUCAAGCGCAUCUGCGCCCAGGACAACGAGCGCGCCUAUGCGGCUCGACAAAAAAUUGUUGGUCUUGAGGCUAAGAUAGCGGAGCUGACAUCGAAGGUGGAGGAAGCGCAGGUUGAGACAGCCGCUAAACAACAGAUGGAGGUUGAGUUGUCUGAAGCUAAGGUUCAGCUGUCCACCAAGGACAAAGAUCUCCAGGCCAAGGACGUUGAGAUUGCGGAACUCAAACGUCGCUUGGAUGAACAAAUCGACAGAUGUGAGUCCCUGGAGAUCGACCUUGAGGCAGAGAAGGUCAAGGCCAUCGAUGCUGAGGAGGCGCGUGCUGUCAGCACUGCGGCGCUUAACGUGGCUCAGACAAAUUAUUCUGAGGCCCAAGGCAUUGUGGACACGCUUGUUUCUGAAGCAGAAUGGAUGCGCACUCGGGGAAUAGUGCUGGUUGCCAAUUCCAUCUUGAACGCCGGCGAGCUAGAUCGCGCUGUUGCUGCUCUUACGGAUGCGGCGCGUGCAGUUGGUCAUCGAGGAGGUUACCUGGAGUGUGCUGAUCACGUUGAGCGAAUGCUGGGACAAGAAUUCGAUACAAGUCAUUGCUCAGUGACGGAACAAGCUGAUGCUGCGCUGGCCAGUGCUGAGAACUCAUAUGACAACCUCUCCUUGCCCAUCAUGGACUUGGUUGUUAGUGCCUUAAAAAAGGAUGAUUGGUGUCAGCGCCUCAAGGCGAUCCUUGAUCCACCGAUUACUGUUGAAUCAUCUGAUGAGGAAGCAGCUGGUGAUGAUGGCGGAGGUGAUGACGAUGGCGACGAUGGUGAGGGGAACGAAGAUGAUGAUGGUGAGAAGAAAGAAGACAAAUAGAGUAGGUU